CAUUAAGCCCCUCAAGCAUUAAGGACGAUGUCCUGAUGCUGGACAAUCAAACAGCAGGAACCAAACAAGGGAACAAACAGGAAGAAAAUGUAAUGGAUAGCCACGUGUAUCGGCAUCAUGUGUCGUCAUAUGCAGGAGAAGUUCAUAACCUCUGCUCGAAUCACUGGGAGGGGCUGAGUGGUGCUGAGGCUGCUAAUGGAUUUCUGGAAGUUCAUACAUGCAGAGCCAGGAGAAACAUUUUCAAAUGAGCACAUCACGGCACAUGGCUGUUGCAUGUGGAUUACUUUUUACCUAAAACUUUUACGCUUUUCGUUUGAGAAAGUUGUUGCGUUUGAGUGCCAGCGGUUACAGGAUUUUAUCUGAAGGAUCUUUUUGUGCUUCUGGCGGAUGUGAACUUUCUGGACCAUACGGAGAUUGAACUCUAAAAUACGCAGGGCACAUUCCAAGAUUUAAAGCAAGUGUCAUGAGACUGAAGGCCUUUUGUUUCUCCCUGUGGACGGAAAAGUCUGAAUAAUAGCUUCUCUAUUCAAACAUUAAAAAAGAUUUGGUGAAACUUUACCUUUGAAGCCUGUCACAAUGGAGCACUCCCCCUCUAUGAACCUGUCAGUGGUGGAUGGAGAUGAGGUGGAGGACCACCACCCCCUCCUCCCACAGAGGAUGGUCCAUGCAGCUCAGGCCUGCUCUCCACAAUGUGGGAUCCACCAAAACCUCCAAACACCAACCAAUCAGACCGUGUGGCUGGACAGAACCCAGGCCAUGGCCACCACACCUUUAUACAACGGUCACCUGUACGUCACAUGUUCACCUUGCUCUGGCAGACGGGGUGACAAAGGCAAGACAAAGAAAAGUGAGAAAAGAUCAGGCAGGGGUAGACAGAAUCCAGCGCACAACCAGCACAAUCACAAGUGUAAGGCUAGAAACACAGAAGCUCUCAGACGGCAGGAGACUGUCACCUCUUUCAUUGACAUCUCCACGACCCCCUGUGGGUCCCCCUUUAAGGGCCCCUGCAGGUCCCACCUGGAAAUAAAAGAUGAGGGCAGAGGGCGCUGCCCGUCUGGUAACGUUACUUUAGAGAUGCACGACCGGCAGACUCUCCCUGAGAUCAUCAUCACCAGCAGAGAUGACGACAUCCAGCCACACAGCGACACCACCCAGUACCACCAGGACCUGCAAGAGGCCAGAGGCCUGCUGCCCGGAGCAGAGAGAUCCAGUCAGAGCCCCAGUCCCCCACCCAGCCCGAAGGACGAUAAGGACGAGUCGUACUGGAAGACUCACAACAUCGGCUGGAGGCUGCUGCGAAGGAGGUCUCUGUUUUUGAGGAGGCAGCGGCUGAAUGACUGCGCCCUGGCAGUGGGGAUGUUUGGUAUGGUGUUGAUGGUGAUGGAGACGGAGCUCUCCUGGAGCGUCUACAGCAAGAGCUCAGUCUACUCCCUCGCAUUCAAGUCAGUCAUCAGUUUGUCUACGUUCAUCCUGGUGGGCCUCAUCAUAGCGUACCACUGCUGUGAGGUGGAGCUCUACGUUCAUGACAUCGGUGCAGAGGACUGGCGGAUCGCCUUGACGAGGGAGCGUUUUGCCCUGAUCUUUUUGGAGCUUGCGGUGGUGGCCAUUCAUCCAUAUCCUGUGGGUCUGUUAGCAUACUUUGAGCAGACGAUCCAUCACAUCCCGCCUCGUCUGUCGCUAUCAGAGACGGAGUUGGAGAUCGUCCUGGCCCUGCCCAUGUUCCUGCGCCUCUACCUGCUGGGCCGGGCCAUGAUGCUGCACAGCCGCCUCUUCACUGACACCGCGUCCCGCAGCAUCGGAGCGCUCAACAAGAUUCACUUCAACACCCGGUUUGUGGGGAAAACACUGAUGACCACAUACCCCGGGACAGUGCUGAUGAUUUUCAGCGUCUCUCUGUGGAUCGUGGCAGCGUGGGGCUUACACGUGUGCGAGAGACAUCACAACUACAGAGACCUGAGCAGCAACUACAUGGAGGCUUUGUGGAUGGUCUCUGUAACCUUCCUGUCCAUCGGUUACGGAGAUGUGGUCCCUCACACCUACUGCGGUCGCACUCUCUGCCUCCUCACCGGGAUCAUGGGAGCGGGCUGCACGGUGCUGGUGGUGGCGGUGGUCGCCAGGAAACUGGAGCUGACUAGAGCAGAGAAACACGUUCACAACUUCAUGAUGGACUCACACAUCACCAAGAGGAUAAAAAUUGCAGCAGCAAAUGUGCUGAGAGAGACUUGGCUGAUCUACAAACACACUAAGCUGUCAAGAGAAAGAGAUCACACCAGAGUCCGCAUGCACCAGAGGAAGCUGCUGCUGGCCAUCCACCAGCUGCGUCGAGUGAAGCUGGAGAAGCGAACACUUAUAGAUCAGGCUAACACACUUGUUGAUCUCUGCAAAGUAAGAGAGGCAAGUCAACAAAUUUUACACAACAUCCUGUCAACACAUCAACCAAAUAGCAUCCAAAAUACCCUGAUGUCUUUUGUCUCCCUUUACACACACUUACACGUACCCCCACACAGAUGCAGACCCUGAUGUACGACGUCCUGUACGAGGUGCAGGGCUGCAGAACGGAGCUGAAGACACACAUCUGUAGCCUGGAUAAGCACGUGGAGGAGCUGAGGGAGGGGUCAAGGAUCCUGAUGCCGCUCCUGUCCAGCACCCUGUCCACACAGAACUCCUCCAUCAGACACCUGCUCCGGGAGAGGGAGGGGAAGACGGAGGCGGCUGCUGCGAGCGUGGACAGGUAGAGGAAGAGGAAGGUGCUUCUCAGGAUGCGUUAUCAGUUUGUUAUGCAGUAAAAUGAACAGAAUGAGGAUUUCUCUUACAGAGAUGGAGAAAAGAGUUUAUCAAGUGAAAGAUGCAGACGUGUACAAUUAUAAAAAGAUAGCAGGAUUUUUUUUUUGUGGCAAAAAACCAUCAAAUUAAAAAGAUUUGGGCCACAAUUCAGUUCAAUGACAGUUAGCA